AACAAAAAAAAAUUUACUAAACAAAAAAUUAAAGUUAUUAUCUAUAAUAUUUAAGAGUCCGUAAGAGAUUUAAAUCAUUACUUACCUUUAUUCUGAUAUUGAGUUCAAUUUUCAUUUUUUGCAAACAAGCAAUGAAUAAAAGAACAUUGGGAAAAAAAAACCCUUUUUUUUCUUAUGUCUAUUAUGCUUCCUAUUUGUUACAAAUGAUAUUUUAGGACAGUAAAUAUUUUUAUCUUACAUAUGAAAACUAAGAGUUGUAGUGCGAAAGUGCAAAGUUUAAAGAUUAUAAUACAUCAUCCUCAUGGGAGCGUUGUAAGUGGAAGGGCACAGCGCUCUCAAGCUCACGGGGAAGUUUCCGAAUUGAAUCUAAGUCAGGCCAUUAUCGCAAUAGCAUCGGGGCCAAUAAAACCAGACUGUGGCAGAGAUAUGUUACUUAUCGGGUCUCCUACACAGAUUUUAGCGUACGAUGUACACGACAACAUUGAUCUCUUCUUCAAAGAAGCACAAGACGGUGUGAACGUUAUAGUCACAGGAAACUUUGGCAAAUAUAAUGAGGUGGUGGUAAUUGUUGGUGGUAAUAGUUCCGUACAAGGUCUCGACUGGCAGGGAAAUGAAUUAUUUUGGAAUGUCGUCGGUGGAAAAGUGUAUGAUAUUAUCACUUUUGAUUUUGAUAAAGAUGGAGAAAAUGAGCUCCUCAUUGGCUGUGACGAUUCAUUCAUCAGGGUAUUAAAAAAUAAUCAGUUCAUUGUGGAGAUUGCAGAAACAGGACCGGUUGUAUGCUUGGCUACAGUCUCGGACGUUAGGUUUGCAUAUGGUUUGGCGAAUGGAACAAUUGGUAUUUAUGAAGAAGGAAUACGUUUGUGGAGGGUUAAAUCAAAACAAAAUGCACUCUCACUGCGUUGGUCGGGCGAUUCGCUCGCGUGCUGUUGGGGCAACGGGCGUAUUGACUGGCGUGAGGGCAACACAGGGAAAGUACUUCGACGUGUUCAAAUGAGAAUGAAUGCCGCUGCGAUGCUUCUCGCUGAUUACCGCUCUGUUGGUGCUCCGGACUUGGUCUGCGUGUCUGAUAGGGGCGAAGUUUUGGGCUAUCCUCCGUACCAAGAAAAUACUGGUUUUAACGCAACAUCAAAGAAGAUGCCAACAGAGGAAGAUAGGAUGGCUAUUACUGAGUUAUUUAAUAAGAAACAGGCUUUAAUGGUGGAACUUCAGCAUUAUGAAGCCAAUGCAGCGAGUGGGUCCACCAGUCUGGAGAGUGCUGAUCGUCCCAUGACGGCGAUGCCAACUAACACGCGUUUACAGGUCGCCGUCAGUGCUGUGCCUGAUGAGGGAAACUUGGACUUAGCAAUAACUACGAACAACGAGACUAUAGUCCGUGCGGCGUUGAUUCUGGCGGAGGGUAUUUUUGAAACAGGGGAAACGUUGGCGCGGCACCCCUUACCUGCGCAGCUACGGUCCAUUUUGCAUGUACCCUUAAAACCGCCAAGAGAUGUACCCGUCGAUGUACACAUAAAGGCAUUAGUUGGUUAUGGAGACAGUGAACAGUUUCAUAUAUUUGAACUUACAAAACAACUACCAAGAUUUUCUAUGUACACCUUAGCUCCUCCAUCAUUAGCAAACACGAAACAUGGCAGCCAUGUCACAUUCCAUAUCACCGAAAGAGUCCAGAGGAUCUGUAUUUGGUUAAAUCAGAACUUCCUUCUAGAACAAGAAAUAGAGUUGGAAACAGAGGAGACAAAGGAACUUAAUAUAAGUUUUAUAUGCUUGAGAGAUAGGACUCGGUUGGACAUGGAUUUCAAAGCAGAUGGCCAAGUCAAGUUUAGCACAACUGAUAUAAGGCUUGCUGGUGAUCUUAUACAGAGUUUGGCUAUAUUUUUAAACCUAUCUGACUUACAGUCGGUUGCUCAUUUUCCGGAGGCAGAAAAGAAACUACGGGCUGAAAUGGAUAAUGUUUCAGAAAUAGGAGAAAUGAGAUCUCGAUUAGCUGCCGAAACUGCGGAGCGUGCUCAAUUGAUUACUGCGCUAUUACCUGCUGCACAAGACGCAGCUUCGUAUGAUUUAAAGGAAAUGUUGAAUCGAUAUAAAGAAGUAAUUAUGUUGAAUGAAGAACUUUUGAUGGGGUGUCACAUACGUAGAGCAACUCAAGAGCAGGCAGUUACUUCACUGAAAAAUCUUCACACUGUUUUACAACAAGCAACUCGAUUAAGAGUGGGAAAAUACAGUAAAGCUGUAGUUUCAGCCAGCAGAAAAGCUGUAAGAGAAAAUAAUAUUGAAGCUUUAAUUAAAAUUAUUCAGGUAGGGGAUUCCUAAUUAUAAGCUGAUAAAUGGACAACACAAUAUAAUAAACAUUAUAAUUUAUUUUAUUACAUAAUCAGUCAUUAUUAAAU